AGUCUUGUCCGGAGCACCUUCGUCGAUCAAGCUCUAUAUAUCUGUUGGCUUCUUCUAACGUUGUACUUGAUCAAUUCCGUGUGAAAAUAAAAAACCCAGCUUGCGUUGCUGAAUUUACAGAGCUUCAAGCGCCACCCGCUGAGGAUCCGAAUCGGAUUCUCUAGAUUCAUCACAUCAGGUUAGAACUCGAUCUAAGUUGGAAUUGACUGGAUUGGAAGGCAUGGCUUCGAAGCGGAUCCUGAAGGAGCUAAAGGAUCUUCAGAAGGAUCCUCCUACUUCUUGCAGUGCUGGCCCUGUUGCUGAGGACAUGUUUCAUUGGCAAGCAACUAUAAUGGGUCCUCCAGAUAGUCCUUACACUGGUGGAGUUUUCUUGGUUACAAUCCAUUUCCCACCAGAUUACCCCUUCAAGCCACCAAAGGUGGCUUUCAAGACAAAAGUUUUCCACCCAAACAUUAACAGCAACGGGAGUAUAUGCCUUGACAUCUUGAAGGAGCAGUGGAGCCCUGCUCUCACAAUUUCCAAGGUCCUGCUUUCGAUCUGCUCUCUCUUGACGGACCCAAACCCUGAUGAUCCCUUGGUACCAGAAAUUGCACAGAUGUACAAGAUAGACAGGAACAAAUAUGAGACUACAGCAAGGAGCUGGACUCAGAAGUAUGCCAUGGGCUAAGCUCUGCUUCAAGUAGAUCUGGCCCUUGCAUCUUAUUUUAAGUAUUUGAUCAUCAUCGACUCUUUAGUUGUUUAAUUUAAUGGGCAAUAGAGAAGUCUGUGUCCUAAGUGCAAUUAAACAUUUCCUUUGUAUUGUGAUCUGUGAAAAACCCAGAGGAAUUACAUUCUCCCAAUUACUUGCUUAUGGUUCAGUCUUGCUCCUUAUUUAAGGUAAAAUAGAAAAUCUGGGCAGCUUUCUUGAACUUGUUUUCAAGAAGAGCCUGGAUUUGACUGGAGCAGUUGUAACUAGGGUGGACCGGAUCGGGCCAGUUCUGGUUCAUAACCAACUUUGAAAUAAUAAUCACUUAAGGAAAC